UAUCGGCCCGUCAGUUUCAGUUGAGCGCUCGCAUUAUACUGUGUGAUCGUGUAGCGCUCCGUGCACCUUAUUGCUUCGUGACAAAGCCACGAGUGCGUAAGUCAAAUGUAGGUAACAAAGGUCGUAUGUCAAAGGGUGAUGUGAUGUCAGAGCGUGACAACACUAGUAUCAGUGUAGCCGCGGGGGGCGCGUGCUGUCGCAUUCGUCGGAGGAUGCAGUGCUUCGGAUUCCAAGAAGCGGAGUGCGAUGGCCGCGGCGAUGGAGACGAGGGUCGCAACGUCAGCGAGCUGCUGCUGCCGCAGUACGCGCUGGCGACAGGCGGGCUGGCGAGGGACCAUCGCCCUCUCAUCACCUUCCCCGACAACAACAACUUCCAUAUCAUCACACCCUCAGAGUACCGACGGCUGCUGCUUUACCUCACGUCUGUGCCCUCGUUAUUGGAAGCAGACAUGGGCUUCCAUAUUAUAAUAGACAGAAGGAAAGAUCGAUGGAAUUCUGUCAAAACAGUAUUAUUAAGGAUCUCAGAAUUCUUCCCGGGAAUAAUUCACGCAGUUUACGUACUUCGACCAGCUAGCUUUCUUCAGAAGGCACUGUCAGAAGUCAGUAGCAAAUUAUUUAAGGAGGAGUUCCGGUUCAGGGUGCUAGUCUGCUCUUCGGUUGAGGAGCUGUACGAGCACUUUGAUAGGUCACAAUUGACGGCAGAUCUCGGCGGAGACCUACAGUAUUCUCAUGCUGAGUGGAUACAACAGCGAAUAGCAUUAGAGAAAUUUUCUACGUUAAUGAAAGAAAUAUCAAGUAAAUUGGACGAGUUUAUGCAUGAAAUUGUUGACUGCGAUAUGGGAAAUGACCCGACACAAACCAAAGAUUUAUUAGACUGUCAGGAAAAUAGGUAUAAAGCUUUAAAAACAGAACUGGCAUCAGCGACAUCGCAAGGCGAAGAGUUGCUGACGCAAGUACGAAAACCAAAUCUUACUUAUAAUAUAAUCAGCCAUGUUGCUGCAGUUGAAAGAUUACUGGUGCAACUGGACGAGACUGAAAAACAAUUCGACAACUUUUGGCAAAAACAUUCCACGAAGCUAAACCACUGGCUUAAGUUCAGAACAUUUUUAUUAAACUUUAAACAAAUGCAGGCUACUUUAGAUAACCAUCUAAAAGCAGCAUGCGAUAUGACGGAGGUGGGCGAGACAGCAAACAGGGUAGACAGUCUUCUACAAGAGGCUGGCGACUUUGAAAAACUUUGUAACUGUGAUCUCGAUACUGCAAGUUCAGUUAUUGAUGAUGGAGAGAAAUUAAUGCAAGACCCGUUGAGUCAAGUCGACCACAUAGAAUCAAAAUGCGAGGAACUAAGACGAACGAGUGCUUUGCUUUUGGAGAAGAUUCAGAAACGAAACUUACUAUUAACCAAAGCUAGAGAAUUAAUGGACAGAAUAGACAAGGUGGCACAAAGAGUAGAAGAUGUGUGGCUGAUGGUAUCUGUCAAGCGGGCUACUCUUCAAAGGGCAGCUGCCAAGCCAGCGCGACCGGUCCAGUCUGUGCCUCCUCAGAGUGCAGUCAUACCAGCAACCAAUCACCAGUACGUGUUCUUUUCAAACUGUAUUGUGGACACUACAAACAUUCCAGAUACCUAA